UAGCUAACUUGUACCUUGUUAAUGUGAGUUGUUAACAUAACAUUGCUGUGAGCUUGGAACGUUUAGAACGCGUAAUCCUAAACCCAAUAAGAUAUUAAUAAUCAUGCUUUAUUAACGAUCUUUUAACACGAUAACAUUGUACUGUCUGUAAUACGAGUAAAGGACUGUUGCCAUGAAACGGGCCAAACACACUUCAACAAUAAUUUGCACUCGAGUCACCUGAUAUUUCUCACUGUUACAGUGAACCCUAAUGAAAUCAUUUGCUGUUUUUACAACCAUGCACCGAUACCGACAUUCAGCUGAGCAAAGACUUGCAGACAUUGACUACACACAGCUGGCACAGCUAACCCAGCUAAAUCAAAGUUUUGAAGAGGCCCAUAAAAAAUUCAUGAAACUUUAUCAAGAAAUAUUCCUGCACCCUCAGACCUCUUUACCAAGAAUACAACUCAAGACUAGGAUCCAACCUCCAGUGAAGCUGAGAGUAUUUGAGUCCAUCCAAGAGGUCAGCAGACAUCAGCCACAUGGAAAACUGGCUCAGGAAUCACUCAUGAAUCAUGUGAUUAAAGCCCUUAAGAAAUUCCCUAUUGAGAGAUCCCAUUCAGAGCAUCAUAUCAUUUAUAAACUACUGAAGGGAGUCCACAGUCUGACCUCGCAGCUGGGCUCGCAGGAGCUGAAACAGAUUAGUACCGUCACCACCCUCGAGACCUGGGACCGCGGACAGAUCAUUUUCGGACAUAAUGGAUUUUACCUCAUUCUGAAGGGCUCAGUGAAACCGUUCAACCAUGAAACCCUUAAAGAGGAUCAGACAGUCUCUACGAUUGCAGCUGGAGGUUCAUUUGGAUGCUGUGAACCUGUAAGUGAAGUAGAUGGAGAUGCCAUCAUCCAGUGUGUCAUGACACUCGAGACCUGCGAGAUUCUCAAAAUAUCUCGUUCUGGCUACGAGAAGCUGAAAAAGGACAUCCUGGCACAGGACCAUGAAGUUAAAGUGUCUUUGAUCCAGGGUUGCCAGCUGUACCUUCACUGGCCAAAGCUUUCCAUCAACCACCUGGUCGACGGCAUGCAGCUAAAAACAUUCCCUGCUAAUCAAGUGCUGGUGAAGGAGGGAAAGAUCUGUCCGUUUGUGGCCUUCAUUGGACGUGGAGAAUGUAACAUCCUCCAGGAUGUGGGGUCAUUGAUAAAACCUGUUGACAAGAAGGGCUGCAGGAUCAGAUUCGUGAAGGUUGGUACGCUGGGUCCAAAACAGUCAUUUGGAGAGGUCAGCAUCCUACUGAACCAGCCGUCCCCUUGUACUGUUAUCACUGCCACUGAAGUUCAUGGUGGAAUCAUUCAACCAGAAUGCCUUAAAGGACUGGACUCAGUGACCACUUCUCUUAUACUGCAGACUGCACAACCAGUUUGUGGAAAGCUCAGUGAGGAGGAAGUCUUGAAGGAGUUCCUAACACAGGAGAGGAUGAAGAAAUGGGAACAUGAGAAGAGGAAGAUACUUUCCGAUGCUCUGUUUUAUAAUGGCGUUCAUCCAGGAAGAGGCAAAUGGGCUUUUAACAGAGGACCAAGAGGAGUAACUGGGAAAUCCAAGAAGAGCAUAUGAACUUUUGACAGAUAAACACACACACAAAUACAAAUGCAGUUAUAUAAGGGGUUGCACAGACUAGUUCUGCCACCUCAUGAGAGCAAAACGCUUUAAGUGAAUUUUCAGAUUUGCAUAAUUCCAAAUAUAUUUGCAAAUGUCUUUGGAAUAAACAUCACAAGAAAUGUGAAAAGAAACUGUAUUGUAGGUUCAAACAUAUUUAAGUGAGAAAUUUCAUAUAUUUUCAGAUAAGAUAUUUCAAACAAGGAAACAUAUGUAUUUGCAAAUGCAUUUAGAAUUAAUUUCAUAAGAAAAAUAUAAAUUUUUCAAGAAAUUUCACAAUUAUAUAUUAGAAAAAAAAAUUAUAUAUAUAUAUAUAUAUUCUACAAUAAGUUUCAUAAGAAAAAUAUGCAUUUGCAAAUAAAAUUACUGAAUUGUUCAAAGUGUUGCAGUGUUAUGGCUUUACUUUUUGUAAAGUUUAUAACAGUGAAAGCAGUAUGCAAACUCUCAUUUCUCUCAUGCACUCCAUUAUUGCAACAUGUCAACUAGUAAACUUGAGUAGUCAUGCAAACACUAAAUGAUGUAUUUCUGAGCAUAUCUGCUUCCUUCAUGAAGAAAGCCAGGCUGCUGAAUCCCAGGGAAGACACGCAGACCUGUCCAAACUGUUAUCUUGUGUUUUUGCUGGAAGUGGUGUUCUGGAUCCCACUGCUGACACCCACUCCAGAGACACCGAUACAGAGAAGCAGACCUCAAGGGGUUUAUUUCCUUCACCACAGCAUUAUAAUCCUUCACCUUCCGCCUUUUCAAAAGCCUUUAGGUUUUGACAGUGUGCAGGGUUUUUCGGCGUGCAGCUUUCUAGAGGGAUUUAAAAUACAGAAACAGAAGGAUGCAAUUAAACCCAUUUGGAUCGACAAAACGGGAUGAUCCCCAGGUGCGUUUGCUUAGCCCAGCCAAGGGUGAAUCAAACUUGUGGGUGGCCACCAAAUCCACAAAGAUCCAGCUACAUCACUGACUGACUCCCUGUAGCCUUUCAUAUGAAGCACUGUGCUUUUCUUGUCAUUGCCUCUCAUGUCAGAGUCACAUCAGUUACAAAGGUGCAAAUAAGCUUGUCAGUUCAUUUUUUCCAAUGCGUAAGCAUGUGGAUGUGUUUCAUGUUGUGAUAUCAGGCUUGGGUGAGUAUUUGCAGACUAGCUCUAAAUAAGGAAAACUGUAUUUUUAACAUCAACAUAUAUAGUAAAGGCAACAAAAUGCUCUUAUAUUAUUGUUGUAUCAACCAGACAGCCAUGUCUUGCAUGCAUGCUAUAAACUUUGGUGAUUUAGCUCUUAAGCUAAAUACUGUUGCAACUGCCUUGUGUCAACUCA